AUGCCGCCCAGUAAAAGCCUUUUCGCGCCCUUCAUCUCCGUGGACCCGGAGAGAGGAGUCGGUCCCGCGGAGCUCCAGGUUCUGCUGCAGCGGAGCCGUGCGCAGGAGCGACCGGGGGCAGAGCGCACCAGACGCGGCUGCGACCACCGAGACGCUCCGUGCGCCAUCGUGGAGCUCCGGCUGGGCCCCGCGCUGCACUACCUGCAGCCGGACAAGUGCGCUCUGGAGCGGGCGCAGAGACGGAGACGCCUGGCCGCCAACGCCCGGGAGAGGAGGAGGAUGCUGGGGCUCAACGUCGCCUUCGACCGGCUGCGGAGCGUCAUUCCAAACCUGGAGAGCGAAAGGAAGCUCUCCAAAUCGGAGACGCUGCAAAUGGCGCAGAUUUACAUCGCGACCCUCAGCGAGCUGCUCGAGGAGGGAGACUCGGAACCGGGGGCCACACUGGGGGCCGCGGAGCCGGGCAGGGACAGCGGGAAGAGCGGCGGAGGCCCCGCGCGCACAGAAGAGAAGCAGAGGAGUUAUAACGAGGACAUGUGGGAGAGGACGAGCGGGACGAAGUGA